AAAAUUGCUUUCAUCAAUUAGUCGCUUUUGAGAUACCCAGAUCUCCUCAACUAGUUGAUUUAGGCUUGCAAGAAUAUUUUCGAAAGAUGCGCUUUCUCACUUUGCUUUUUGUUGUAUUCUGCCUCAUAGCAGCUACUUUUGCAUCCCCAGCCGGCAGUAAGAAACAAGCUCCAGCAUGUGCUAGAAAUUGUGGCGAAAAAUAUGAACCAAUUUGCGCCAAAGAGAAAAAUGGUAAUAAGUUACUUACAUUUGGUAACGACUGUGUAAUGGGCCGUUUCAAUUGCGAGCAUCCGGAUGGACAAUAUGACCUCAAAUCAAAGGGAGAAUGCGGUGGUAACGUAAGCGUACGCCUCUCUUAAAAUAUAUUGCUGCAUAUUGGAAAUUAAAAUGUACAAGUUACAUUGAAGAAAUAAAUGUAUAUUUAAUCGUU